AUGUAUUUAACACCGAAAGCCAUACGAAGAGUCUUUGUAUUUGUUAAAAAACAAUUUGAGUUUGACAUUGCUACAUGUUAUGAUGAAUGGAAAGAAAAGAAAAGCGCGCGAAAGCUCUUAAACUCUGUUCUGCACCAGUUAGCUAAUGAAUUAGACUUAGCAAAUGACUCACUUAUAGUCAGAUUAAAUGGCCUGCUUCAUCAAGAUGACAAGGUUGCUUUAAAAUCUAUCACAGCUCAGAUGCAACUGGAAAACGCAGUUGGUGACCGCGUCUUCGGAACCUUUGCAGAAAAUCUCAGCUUCUUACUGAGCUGCUUACAAAGUGGCGCCGACCGCCGUUGCAAGAGUAUGGUGUUUAUAUUGGAGGAGUUUGAUCUGUUUUGUCACAGCGGUAGGACGCAGACGUUACUGUACAACUUGUUUGACAUUACUCACAGUAAACAGGCUCCCAUGUGUGUUUUAGGUAUCACCAAUCGCUUAGACGUAAUGGAGAUGCUAGAGAAGCGAGUCAAGUCGCGUUUCUCGCACAGACACAUCUUCAUAUUCCCGUACGAGGGCUCCGAUGUUAACGAAGUGGCUGCAUCACCCUUGGCGAUUGUUCGGAGGCGAUUGGUUCGGCUGCUCAGUGUGCCGUUGGCCCUCGCGAGCAAAACUGCCAUCGCUAAAAGCACGCCGCGGAGUCGCAAGGGCGCAAGGAGGAAAUCCACAGUAAAUGCUGAAGGAAUGGACAUUGACGGGAACGAUGAUUCAGUACAAUACUCAGUGCCGGAAGAGGUUUUAGCUAAAUGCAAGACCAACGUAAGACAGUUCCAGGAGGAGAUGGAUGCCAGUUUUCUGGAAGACUGGAACGCUCACAUUAAAAGCCUAGCCCAGGAUCAGCGCGUGAUAGACGCGUUAGAGAAACUAUGUUAUUACACCGUCAAUGAGCAGAUACUUAGAAAUAUAUUGUUUCAACUGGUCUCGAGACUUAGCGCAAAGAAGCCGUACGUGGACGCCUCAGAUUUGGUUUCGAUCGUGGACGGCACAGUGGCGCCAGAGCACCGAGUGAAGUUGCUUCAGUCACUUUCCAUCCUCGAAUUAUCUCUGGUCAUAGCGAUGAAACACGGGAUGGAGAUAUUCGACGGGCAGCCGAUGAAUUUCGAAAUGGUCUUGCAUAGAUACACGAAGUUCGCAAACGCCAACUCGUCGACGCAGACUGUUCCGCGUCCAGUGAUCUUGAAGGCUUUCGAGCAUUUGCAGGAGCUGGAAGUGAUAAUGCCCGUCCGGUCUACUGAUUCGAUAUAUACCGGCGGCGAUACCACCACCAGCAGAGUACAGAAGGAAUACAAACUAUACACCCUGGCUGUUCCCGACGAGGAUCUGAGGGAGGCUGUGAAGACCUUCAAAGCGCUACCCACCGAAAUCAAUCACUGGUUCAACAACUCGGUCGUC